GGGAGGAACCACCUCACCAGUCCACUGCAUAGCUUUCGCACAUCCCAUAACGCUGCAUAAAGAGUCUUUAGAGAUUGGUUUCUAUACGUAUUAUAUCUGAAGCUUUUGGUGUGUCGGUACAUCAUGGCGUCAUCCGACGCUGUACUGGCUCUGCUCACGCAGGUUAACGAAGACAGCAAAGCCAUCGUGCGUGAACAAUCCAAGCUUGAUUUGGAGUCAUAUAUCCGAAAUUACACAGAGCGCACCCGCUUCGAGCGCCUAAUACACAUCGGAUUGACGAGCGUGCCGUUGUGCAUCGAAUCGCUGAAAGCGGCUGUUAAUGAAGCCAAGUUAGGCACCGAUACUCCAAGAUACAAGGAAGCAUGGGACUUGCUACGCAAGGUAGCUCCGAACGAGCCCGAAGCCCAACGAGACGAAACAUGGAUCGAAGAAACAGACAAGACGGCCAAAUCCGUAACAUCGCAUCUGGAGACUGUUCUUAAGGGAUAUAAGAAUAACCUGGUGAAGGAGAGCAUUCGGAUGACGAACGAAGAGCUAGGAAAACACUUUGAGAAGGUUGGUAAGCUCCCUGCCGCCACUGAAGCUUUCGGGCGAAUGCGACAAGACGUCAGCACAACAAAACAAAUUGUGGAUUGCAGUCUGCUGCUCGCAGGCAUCGCGUUACAACGCAAAGAUUGGCCCUCCGCUGUUGCACACGCAACCAAGGUGUGGUCCAUGCCUAACGUCCAAGAGCAUUCCGGCAGUGUGGGAACAUCAAGAAUCAUUGCGGGUGUUGGAUAUAUAGGACAAGGAAACUAUACUGAAGCUGCCCGUAACUUCUUGAUGGCCGAUUACGCUACCUCGCCGUCCGACUAUUCCCAUAUUGCCAGCCCCAACGACAUUGCCGUUUACGGUGGCCUGUUGUCGCUAGCCACAAUGGACCGAAACAGCUUACAGAGCCGUGUGCUGGAGAGCCAAAACUUCAGAAGCUUCCUGGAGACAGAGCCACAAAUUCGCAAGGCAAUCAGUCUGUUCGUCAACGGCCGAUACUCCGCAUGCCUUGCCAUCCUAGAAUCGACUCGGGCCGACUACCUACUCGAUAUUUACCUCUUCAAGCAUGUCCAAGACCUCUACGCAAAGAUCAGGAGUAAAUGCAUCAUGCAGUAUUUUAUUCCGUUCUCCUGUGUUACUCUUGAAAGUUUGGAGUCUGCCUUUGCAGCGCCUGGCGCAUCCCUUGAAGAUGAGCUCUUGGCUAUGAUUCGCCAGGGCACGCUCAAGGCUAAAAUCGAUACCAAGAACAGGCUUUUGGUUGCUGUCCAACCAGAUCCGAGAGCUGAGAUGCAGCGUCAGGCACUCCAAGUAGCACAUGGCUACGAGAAGGAAGCUACAGAAAGACUACGACGAAUGGGUAUCGUUUGCUCCGGCUUAGAAGUCGUGGGUCCAAAGAAGGCUCAGGCGCAUGGUCAGGUCUUCACACCUGGUUUGACGAUGGAUUCCUCAUUUCUUGAAGAGAGCCAGGCUGCUGAGGGCUGGAGUUGAGCAUAGGGCCAAUGAGUAAUCGGCUUACGGUAAUGCAAAAGCCCCUUUGAUGAUUAGACGUAAUUUGCAGCUGGCAUUGUUUUAAGAGGAUAUUUUAUUAUUUUACAUGGUUUCAUCGAGGGU